AUGGGUGUCGUAGUGUGGUGCGGUGGUAGCGCUCCAACUUUUUGUGCUGGAGCUUCUGGUUACGGAUCUGCCAACCUUACGGAUGUUUGCACGGAACAUUUUCUAAAACAUCUUUCAAAGAUCGGGAGCCCUGUUAAGGUACUGGAGAUUGACGAGACACUCUUUACUAGGAGAAAGUACAACAGAAGUAGGGUCGUAGAGAAGCAGUGGUGUUUUUGGGGCAUUGAGCGAGGGACGAAUAAGUGUUUCGUCGUUUCAGUAGAGCGACAAGAUGCUGCUACCCUUCUGCCACUGAUCGAGCAGUAUGUUGUUUCAGGCACAACUAUAGAGGGUCAUAACUUGCGGUAUGGGACGGAAAGGGCAUUAUGGAAUUCGUAUAUUGACGAAUUUGUAUGGAAAAAAGUGUAUAGGGACAAUGUGCUCUACCACCUCUGGUCCCAAAUUGCUGAACACUAUCCACCGCCCUCAGGUUCCGUUCGAAAGUGCGGGCUUAUUCAUCGGCUCCUGAUCCGUCUGCCUUAUGACAGCCCAAUUGGCGCUAAUGCAGCUUUUCUUCCAGGUUUUCCGACCUGA